AUGAUACGAAAUAGACUAUUACGACAUCUUACUAGGUCAUGCUGGGAACGCCAACCAAGAGGAGUGAUUGCACGAUCUUUGGACACGAAAAACCUCAGUCGUUCGUUCCACUCUACCACUCCUCCUUCCACUUCCUUUGAGCUCGGCCGCAAUCCUGGAUUGGAAUCAGUCAUUUCGCAAGGCCUUUCAUCCUUGGAGGGCACCGCAAAGGAGAUUCAAAGCAAGACGAGACACUCGGGAAUCGUUCCAUCCAAAUCCUCCGAUCCUUCCAUCCCGGAUGCCACCACACACCGACAAAUGGCCGAAGCCCAACGAUUGUUGGACGUGGCUACCGAAUGUUUGGACGAUCUUUGUCACAAGUACCAAGAUCAGCCUCCAUCGGCCAUGCAAAAGGCCUUGCCCGGACUUCAAUUGAAGGGACAACCCAUUGAACUGUUUGAGGUCCAAGUCAACAAGGAUGGCAAACAAGCCAAAGUCUUUUGGACCUUGCCUUAUUCCGUUUUAUUAGAUCCCAACGUCAAUCAAAAUAUAUAUCAGCGACUAGUCCAGACACUCCAAGAACAGCUCUUGGGGAUUGACGGACAACAACCACAGCAGCAGCAACAGCAACAGCGUGGAGGCGCCAAGAUUUUGUCCCAACAUGUGGGGAGCAAGUUACGGUUUUACUUUCCACCCCGCAUCAAGCUGGUACCAGCCACGCAAGAAAUGGUGGAACGGGCCAUUCGAGAAAUUUAUGACUAA